CUGGGUGCAAAGCUCGUACUUGGAAAAGUCCCGAGAGCGGUCGGCGGCCGUGAAGGCAUCGAAGAGCUCGAGCAAUGGCAGGAAAUAACCAGAUGGAGACAGAUGCGCACUCGCGGAAGCGGAAGAGGACGAACCUCGAGUGGGAAUUGGAGCGAGUCAAGGGAUACCUGGGAGAGGAUCCCAAGCUGGUAAGGGUCAAGAUGGCACUCGGCCGUGAACGUCACCGUCACAGGGAAGCUCCUGAGUUUUCGGAUCGUCAGGCCGCAGUCAACAAAGCCAAGGAGUUGCAGAAGCAGCUCGUGGAGCAGAAAGUCUUUCACGCCAACAAGGAGGCCCUGAAGGCCUUGAAAAAGGCGAAAACCUUUGAGACUCAGAAGUUGGUGAAGAGGCUGAAGACUGCUCGUGAGGCGGAGGAGAAGGAUGAUGCUCAGAUCCUGAGACUGGAGGCGGAGAUGUCCGCGCUGAAAGAGAUCGAUCUUCCGAAGUUGGCCAAUGUUCACAUCUCAAACAAGCUGCACAAGCGUUACGACUUGGUCGAGACUGGUUCUCUUCCCGAUGCUGUCGAAAACCCCUACAAGGACUCACCUGAUUCUACCAAGAACGUCAUUGCGCGACUCUUCAAUACCAAAGUCGUGAAGGAGGUUGCGGAUACGGCUGUGGAGUCUGUUGGACGAGCAACUGGAGUCGUCGAGAAACCGAAGGCUGUGGACGAGAAGAAAGAAGCAAAAAAGGCGCGGAAGAAGGAGGCCAAGGCUAAGGCUAGGGCUGCGAAGGAAGCUACUGCGAGAGGAGAGGAGAUCAGUGGUUCUGAUGCGGAGGAUGAGAGCGAGGGCAGUGAUGAGGAGGAGGUGGAGGACUUCUUCGAUAUGGGUGAUGCUUCGGAUGAGGAGAAGGUCCCUCCUGUUAAAAAGUCUAAGAAACGCGCAGCUUCGGCCGACUUUUCAGAUGAAGAUUCCGCCCCUCCCGCCAAGAAGGAGAAGAAGGAGAAGAAGGCGACGAAGGAGGCCAAGCUACCAAAGAAGCCCGACUCAACUGUCUUCCUCCCAUCUCUUUCUGCAGGUUACUUCUCGGGUGGAUCUGAUUCUGACGCUGACCGCGAAUACGCCGAAUUCGAUAAGAAGGAGCGCAAGAACCGCAUGGGUCAACGUGCUCGUCGCGCACUUGCCGAGAAGAAGUUUGGACGUCAUGCGGCUCAUGUCAAGAAGGAGCAGGAAGAACGUCAGAAGGAGAGGGAGGCAUUCGAUGAGAGGAAGAAGAAGCGUGAAGUUAGGGAUACCAUCAAGGCAAAGGAGUUGGCAGAGAAGGAGGCGAAGAGGAGGGAACUGGAGGCUAAGCCGGUUCACCCGUCUUGGGCUGCCAAACAGGCGCUUAAGGAGAAAGAGAAGACAAUUGUACCUUUCCAGGGUAAGAAGAUUACUUUCGAUUAGACUAUAAC